AUGGUGGCCGGAAUCAGCAAACGGCAGCAGUUCCGCAAUGAGCGGGCGCUGCAGGACCUCAUUCGGUCGGUCCCUGGAAAUGACCGCUGUGCCGAUUGUCAGGCUUUGAAUCCAGGAUGGGCUAGUUGGAACGUACGAAUCUUUAUCUGCAUGCGAUGUGCAUCUUUACAUCGCAAGUUGGGCACACAUAUCUCCAAGGUCAAGUCCUUGAGUAUGGACACAUGGACGGACGAUCAGGUCGACAAUAUGAAAUCGCACGGAAACAACAUCAUGAACAAGAUCUACAACCCCAAGAACGUUAAGCCGCCUGUUCCGACCGACGUUGACGAGUCCGAUGCAUGCAUGGAACGCUUCAUUCGCCAGAAAUACCAGCACCGGUCCCUCGACGAGGCGAAAGCAAAGCCCCCCAGCCUUUCACCACAGUCGGAUAGCUUCGGUGCGUCGGGAAUCUCAGUGAGGAAAGGCUCGGGAGAUGCGUCGUUUGAUGCGAAGUUGGCGACCUUACGAGACAUGGGCUUCGCGAACGAGCGCCGCAACGCAAUCGCCCUCCGCGAGCUGGACGGGAAUCUAGAAAAGACCAUCGAGACGUUAGUGAGACUGGGAGAAGGCAAUGGAUCUGUCUCGCUUGCAAAGUCUCCGGCUGCGCAACCCACGCCUGAUGCUGGCAAAUCUUCCAAUCCGUUCGAUCAAUUGGAUGCCAGGCCCGCUACUCGCCAAGCAAGUGGGAGCUACAACCCGUUCGAUGCACCUGUGCAGUCUCAGCCGCAGGCCCAGCAAGCGCCGGUGCAAUCGUUGGAGCAGUCGUUCCAGAACCUGCAGGUCGCUCAGCCCUUGUUUCCACACUCCACCGGUGGCUAUCCAAUGCGGCAGGUCUCGCUUCCUCAACCUCUCUACCAGCAAACGGCGACACCCCCGGUUCCCACGAACUUUGCCCAGAGCGCAUAUGUCUCUUCUCCGCAGCCGCUAGAUGGUGGCAACAAUCCUUUCUUUCAGACCGGAGCUCAGCCGCAGGCCAGCAUGACCCCUCCCGCGUCCAAUAUUGCCCAGAACAACCCCUUCUUCAGUCAAGUUGCACCGCAGCCGACCGGGAUGCAGCAACCACCUCAGAGCCAGGCUGCAUCAAAUUCCCCAUUCGGUCCCCUUCGGCACGCAAACACCAUGCCUGCCAUGCCUUCUACAUCGCCUUUCGGCCAGCCUUCUCCAUUUCAAUCACAGCUCCAGUCCCAGUCCCAGCUUCAGCCCCAGCCCCAGGCGCAACCGCAACCCCAAUACCAAAUGCAGCAGCAUCUGCAACAACCGCAAGGGUCUCUGAACCCCUAUCAAGCCAUGACCGCGCCAGCUACCCCCCAGAGCGCAGGAUACUUGGCGCAACCGCAAUACGGAUAUCAAGCAUCCGCGCAGCAUCUGGCGCCGCAGCCCACCGGCCGCGUCGACAAGAACAGCAUCCUCUCCCUCUAUCAAUUCUCCCCGCAACCUUCCGCCAUCCCAGAGCAACCACAAUACCGACCCUCCACGGCCGUGAACCCCCCCACUCAGACCGGCCAGCCUUCACCCUUCAAUACCAUGCCGCAACAACAACAAUCACAACCUUUCAACACCAUGCCCCAACAACAGCAGCAGCAGCAACAACCACAACAGCAACAACAACAACAAAGCAACCCCCUCACAGACCCCCUAUCAGCAAGCGGCAACCGCAACCCCUUCUUCACAACAGCUCCCCAACCAGGAGCCUCCGCCCUGGCCCCAACUACCACCGCACAAGCAACACCCUAUCUCACCACCACCGCCCCACCCCAACAGCAACAACAACAAACAGUCAAUGUCUACGGAGGAAUGCCCAACAAGCCCGCCGGCUUCCCGCGAGGCCACAUGAGCCAACAAAGCGUCGAUAUCAACGGCUUCCAAAGCGGACGACACAGUCCCGAUGCCUUUGCCAGCUUGAGUGCGCGAUAUGGAUAG